UGACCCUGGUAGUCGGUAAAGUAGUAGAUGGAUUUUCCAGUAGUGAAGUAAAUUUUGUAGUUAUCGGUAUGGCUGCUCCUGCAGCCUGUACGAGAUUUAGUGAUAAUUACGAUCUCAAGGAGGAAUUAGGAAAAGGAGCUUUCUCCGUGGUACGAAGAUGUGUUCAGAAAUCCAGUGGCCAGGAGUUCGCGGCGAAAAUAAUCAACACGAAAAAACUCUCUGCGAGAGAUUUCCAAAAACUCGAAAGAGAAGCUCGUAUAUGUAGAAAACUUCAACAUCCCAAUAUUGUGAGACUACACGACAGUAUACAAGAAGAAAACUUCCACUACCUCGUCUUCGAUUUAGUGACUGGAGGCGAGCUGUUUGAAGACAUCGUAGCCCGAGAAUUCUACAGUGAAGCAGAUGCAUCCCACUGCAUUCAGCAAAUCCUCGAGAGUGUUCAUCACUGUCACUCAAAUGGAGUCGUCCACCGGGACCUCAAGCCCGAGAACCUCCUGCUGGCCAGCAAGGCGAAGGGGGCCGCGGUCAAACUGGCUGACUUUGGACUGGCCAUUGAGGUCCAGGGCGAACAACAGGCGUGGUUCGGUUUUGCGGGAACGCCUGGGUACCUAUCACCCGAAGUCCUAAAAAAAGAGCCUUAUGGAAAACCUGUUGACAUCUGGGCAUGUGGUGUAAUCCUUUAUAUUCUGCUGGUCGGCUACCCUCCUUUCUGGGAUGAGGACCAGCACAGGCUUUAUGCUCAAAUUAAAGCUGGAGCUUAUGACUACCCGUCACCAGAGUGGGACACUGUCACCCCAGAAGCCAAGAACCUCAUCAACCAGAUGCUGACUGUGAUCCCCUCCAAGCGUAUUACUGCCUCUGAGGCCCUCAAGCACCCAUGGAUCUGCCAACGUGAGAGAGUGGCGUCAGUGGUUCACAGGCAAGAGACUGUCGACUGCCUCAAGAAAUUCAAUGCGAGGCGCAAACUAAAGGGCGCCAUUCUGACGACGAUGUUAGCCACUCGGAACUUCUCCAGUAAGUAUGAACCGCAAGGUCGCAGUAUUAUCACCAAGAAGGGUGACGGGUCCCAAGUGAAGGAAUCGACAGACAGCAGUACUACGCUGGAGGAUGACGACAUCAAAGAGGAUAAGGUUAAAGGAGGCGUUGACCGCAGUUCUACCGUCAUUGCUAAAGAACCUGAAGGCUUCGUGGGUGGGGGCGCCACUCCCCCUCCCUCCCCCGCAUCAUUCCCCCCUACCAAGCCCUCUGCAGUCUUCGGUUCGCCCUCGGCCUCCAAGUCAGGCCUCACCCUGGGGUCGGUGUUGUUGCAAGGUGCCCAAGCUCGCAAGCAGGAGGUGAUCAAGAUGACAGAACAGCUGAUUGAGGCCAUCAACACUGGUGAUUUUGAAGCCUACACGAAAAUAUGUGACCCUCACCUUACAGCAUUUGAGCCUGAGGCGCUAGGUAAUUUAGUCGAAGGAAUGGACUUUCACAAAUUUUACUUUGAUAAUGUGGUAGGCAAGAACUGCAAGGCGGUGAACACUACAAUACUCAACCCUAAUGUUCACUUGCUGGGGGAAGACGCAGCUUGUAUUGCCUAUGUGCGGCUCACUCAGUAUAUGGACAAGCAAGGCAUCGCUCACAGCUCCCAAUGCGAGGAGACACGAGUGUGGCACAAACGUGACAACAAGUGGCAGAACGUUCACUUCCAUCGCUCCACCAACUCCCCCUCCUACACGUUUGCGCCUACUGCGCACAAAUAAAAGACUUUUCGCAUCAGGUUUUCUUCUUCUAAUUCUACUUUUUCUUCUCACUAAAUCAACUUGUGCUGCCCGACUGUAUUGCACCCUUCUGGUGUUUCGUCUCUUAACACUGUUGCCAGUUCGGUUCCAGUUCCUUUUUCUGUAUCUGUAAUCUUUUUGUUUCUUUAAGGCUGCUCAAAACAUUUCAAUUAUUUACUGUACUGAUCGUAUUAUUUUUUAACGCAUUAAAUAUUUAUUUUAUCUUACGGAGAUACGAUCGUGAAGUACUUAAGAUGAAUGGAUUGUUGAUCGAUAAUACAGAUUAAUUGUAAAGAAUGUUUUGUUUCAAAAGAACAACAUGCACAAAAGUUCUCAAUUGAGAAUACGGCUUCAAGACUGAAACGGAAAUCAAAUGUAUUCAGAUGGAGAGAUAGCAGUGUCAAAGAGACGAAACACCUCGUCUAUAAGUGUAAGCUUAACAUAUUUCGUAGGUAAGUUGCCUUUCGACGUGGUGUCACGGACUGGCUAUUGAACUAUCUGGUUAGUUUUGUCUUCAACAGUUUUAGAUUCAUAACUCGAAUAAGGUGAAUUGUCAACGCAAACGACUAUUGUAUGCUUUAGGACAUUAGAAACUCAUAUAUAUACAUAUAAAUCUUUUUGAGCUUUAAUCUAGGUGGGAUUUUAUAAGAAUCUCAGUUGCAUGACCGAUCUCACAGUCAUUUCAAACUUUACAAUGUUCAUCUAUUUUAUAAUGGAAAUACGAACAUAUUUUUUGUUUAAUUGAUAAUCCAGAGUGCAUUUUAAAUUUUUUAAAUGUUAAAUUGUACUUAUUUAGUAGUUUUAAAUUGCAUGAUUAGUUGUUUUACACCACAAGUGGUACCUUGGAAAUUGUGUUUCAAAACAUAUUUAUUCAGUUUGUAUUUAAGCAAAAUUACCAUUAAAAAUUGAUAUAUUAGUCAGAAAUCGGUUUGUAGAUGUUGAUUGCCAAGGAUCCACGUGAUAGAGUUGGCCUAAUGCAAACUGUGAAUAUAAUACUAAUUACCAAUGGACAUGCAUGAAUCUGUAGCUGUAGUCAUAUUUGAAAGUGAUCAUCUUUCUUGGUGUAGACUUGAGUUAAAUCGAUAAGUUUUCAAGUGAAACUUUUAAAGGUAAUUAAAUAAUAUUUAAGUAACGUUAUAAGUAUAAUGUAUUCGUAUGUUGUACCGAUACAUUAUAUGUAUAAACACAUUAUAUAUACAUAAACAUAUGACAUUGUAAACUUCUCAUUGUACUUAUAUAUAAAUAUUUAUGUCAGUUGGACAUUCACUUUAUGUUGGUUGUGUUUCGUUGACCCCCACGUUACGGUUGUGGAGCGAAUGUUAUUCUUGUGUGAAUAUUUUGUAAGAUAGUUAUUGUUUAAAUUAUAAAUCGUGCUUUAAACUUUUCAUAGCUUUUAUUAAAUCGUAGGUUACGAUAACAGAAUCACUUGUUCGUAAAUUCUCCUAUCGAUAGGUGUAGCAUCUGAUCGUUUGCAAUCCUAUGCAAAUAUACGAAUUUAUCGUAAUAUAAUUUAACGCUAUUAUUAGUUGUGAUAGUCCUGUACGGUUCAUUACUGUUAUUUGUACAAAGUGGCUCCAAAGAUGUCCCAUUAGUCCUAUCGACAUCACGGCUGCGGCUUUCUCCGAACGUAUACCUUAGCGUAAGUGUUUUGAGCCACCUUGUCCAUAAUCCAUGAGUACAAACAUAAUUUAUUUAAAGCUGUUUAUAAUUAAAUGUACUUAUAAAUUGUCUUUUUUUGUAUUAAAUUUAAAUAGAUGAAAAACUUAAAGGCACUGAUAACUUACUGGUGUAUAUUGUUGCGGGAACAGGAGUCGUACGAUCAACUAGGCUAUAAGCCUGUUUCUGCAUUAUUUACCAUUCACCUUUGCCAUUUCAUGUUUCAAUGGUAAGUUCAAUGCUUUUUAUGCAUGCCCUUCACUAGUCAACAAGUUAUAAUAAUAAUAGUACCUUUGUCUGUAUUUAUUAUCCGCUCUAUAGUUUUACGAUAUCUUUGUUCCUGGGUUGAUACUGAGUGAUUUUAGUGUGUAUUAAUAUUGAAAUGUGUGUAUUUUUAUUAAUGUACUUUUAUGUGUUUUGUAUUCAAUAAUGUUUUUUUGUUUUAGUGCAAUUAUUAUAGCUCAUUUUAUAUAAUUGUUAAUUAACGUAAGUUUUUAUUGUUUUUGAAUUUUAUAUAAAUGUUAACUUUUUUUGUUAAUAAAAAGGAUUAUAACAUCAGAUAGGUGCUUAAUUUAAUAAAAUUGAGAUAACAGAGUAUCAUAAUCGAUCAAAUCGAUGUGGUUACUUAUUUUAUUUGCUUAAAACAUAGUAUUAAGGCUUUUGAAGAGUAUUACCGCCAUGACAUCACGAUUAGCUUAGUUUCUGGAAUAAAGUUCUGGCUGUAAUUUUCCGAUUGUUUACUUUACUGUAACUUGUGUAUACAUUUUAUAGUAAACUUGUUACAUUUUGAACAUUUAUUAAUCUUUAUCUCUAAAAUUGUUCAUAAUUUAUGAUAUAUUUAUAAAUAUAUAUAUAUAUACAAUGUUAUAUAGUACAAUUUCUUUGUAAGCGGAAAUUCGUGUUUUGAACUUAAUGAUACAUUUUAUAUUACAACUAUAAUUAUUUGUGAUCGUAUUUGGUAACUAACUUAUAAGGCAACCUAACACUUCACUAGAAACAUAUUUUCUACAACAAAUAUUGCCAAAUUGUAUCCAAACAACUACUGGACAAAAUCUAAACAAUAUCUAAACUUAGUUAAUUUUAUCAAGCCAUGAAGUUUUGAUUAUAGCACAGGAGUAGAAAUUAUAAAAAUGUGGUUGCCUCAAAAAUAUCUUUGUCUUGUAUAGUGGUUUUUGAAGGGUUCUUCCUGCAGGGUUUUGUAUCUGAGCUUAAGCAAGUACUUUCCUAUUCCAUGCUAGUACUGUACUACAUUUGAUGUAAAUGCCAUUUGUACCAAAGUGGUGUCAGUAGUUGUCAAAGACAAUUGAUUAACAUUUUGCAGUAAAUUAGCAAUCGGAUAUUUUAUGAAUAUUUAAACUGUAAACAAUCCCAGAUCAUGUAUCCAGUGCCAUUUCCAAUGUUGCCAUAAUUUUGUUUUCUGUGAUUUGCACUUUGUUCUUUUUUGCACUUAGGUGUUUAGCUUGAACUGUUACAUAAUAUGAACUUAUUAAAAUUUGCUAUUUAGUAUUUACAUAGGGCACUUGGUAGCUGCUCCAGCCGGUUCCAUAUUUUUAUGCGUUGUUCAGUGUAGUUUUUUAUACUACUAGACUCUCAAACUACAAAUUGUAUUAUAACACGAAACUUACCUAAUAUUUUAUUGAUUGUAUAAAAUUGUAAGUGAAGAAUCGUUGUAGUUUUUGUCUUGCUGGAAAUGAUUGUGUGUACAUGUGUUUGUUUUCUAUUACUUGUUUCGUACAUUUUAAACUAUUAUUAUUAUAACUUUGUUUUACAUGUUUUUGUUAUUUAUAAAAAUGAUGUGUUUUAAUUUUUCUCCAGAUUCAAGUCUUUUGUGGAAAAAUAAAAUACAUUAUGUCGA